AUGGAAUUGGUCAGCAACGAUGAACUAGCGUUUACUAGGAUGGUAGUUGCAUCAGGUACUAGAAUUGAUGGCAGAAGUAGAAACGAGCAUCGAGCUGUUGAGAUAAUACCAUCGGAAAUAUCACAAAGCGACGGAAGCAUUAGGCUCAAGCGCGGAUCUACUGAAAUUGAGGUUUCUAUCCAAUUCAAAGAAACAGUAGAGACACUGCUGGCAUUGGGGAUUCGUCCGUGUACAAAAGCAUCUGACUUAUCUGAAUCUCGGGUUGAAUCGUUUGGAAUGGAAAUUCCAAGCAUUAUUAGCACACGCAUUGAGGAAUUUCUUUCAUCAUACAAACUUGGAAUAAGAAUAGAGCUAAGGGUGGUAAGGAAUAAUGGGAACGUGUAUGACCUUUUUUUCAUUGGAUUGAAUAGUAUACUAAGAAAUAUUUGUGUUCCUGUUAUAGAAGAUCUCAAGAAAGGUGAGAAAGAGACAAUCGAUAUUGCAUUACCAACAACUGUUGCCCUAUUUGAAAACGGUGUUUUUGUAAAAGAUCCAACAAUUAUCGAAGAAAAGGCAUCGCUUGGGCUACUUCAUGUUAUUAUUGACAGCAGUGGAAGACUCAUGGGAUGUAUUUCUGAACGAAAUUGCCAUUUAAUGCACGAUGAGCUGGCAAAAAUCAUCAAAGCAUUGGUUGUGGAACAUACGCACACCAAAUCUAUUCAAUAA